UGAGCUGUUUCUAUUUUUAGUAUCGACAUUAUUAACUAUCGAAUGCGUUGUUUUCCUGUUUGUAAAGAUUAAAUAUAUAUCAAAGGAGAUUUUAUUAAAACAAAAUGGCUUCUUUAGAUACAUCUGAAAGGACACCCCUAGUAGUGAAACGGUCUCAGUCUGUGACAUCUACAUUCUUCGGAUAUUGCCAAAUCCGUUUGACAGGAUGGAGAAAUGGCAUUUUACUUGUAUCGUCAGUUUUAGCACUUGCAGCGGCGAUUGUGCUCACUGUUUUAAGAAUGAAAGAACUACAUCCAGACGAUGCUAAAUUCACCUUUGCAAUACUUAUUUUAGUUAAUGCAGCGUUCUGCAUCAUUUUUGUGUUCCUUGGAGUUUUCUUUCAUCGAAUCCCUGAACUUCUUGUCAUCAUCGUGGCGUUUCUUGCGACAGGAAUAAUACUCAUUAUUGAUGCAGUUCAGACUACGAACAGAAACACUUAUUUCUGGGUAAGGCUAGGUUGCUUCAUUGCCUCUUUCCUUGUGGUUGUACCAGUGUCCUUCUGUACUCUUUGGCAUAAUUAUGAUCGUCGUGAGGAGCUUCCAUUCUAUAUGGGGCAUGGACGGGAAGAUCAACAAAGAAAAGUCUUCUGGGACAACUUUUUCAGGAGUGUGCUUAACUUUGAUCUCCAAAUAUCGCUUACUAUGGUACCCAUAGUAUGGCCAGAGGGGAUUCAUUUCAACCAAUAUGACCGAUAUUUCAUCAUACCAACCGCUAUCGCCAGUGUCGUUAUGUUCACGGCUGGGCAUAUUUUAGUAUGGCGGAAAGAAAAGCUCAUGAAACCUUGUAGAAUGUCGAUAUAUUGUAUUUAUAGUGUGUGCUGGUUUGUGAUCCUUCUAUACGCUAUUUUUCUGAUGUAUGAGGUUAGUACAUUAUUUUGUGUACUUUGUUAA